AGCCGCCGGCGACGUGGGGUCAUGUCGGUGUUUCACGAUGAGGUGGAGAUCGAGGACUUCGAGUACGAUGAGGAGACCGAGACCUACAGCUACCCGUGCCCGUGCGGGGACCGCUUCCUCAUCACCCGGGAACAGUUUGUGUGUGGUGAAGUAGUCUCAGCACCUACAAGCAAGGAACUGGUUAAAUGCUGAUGAAUGCUAUAUGGACUCUGCUCUUCUUGAACAAAAAAAACCCAAUGUUUGGCUGUCAAUGUGGAAAAGACUCGCAGUGUUCUGUACUUCUGGAGAUGUUUGCUCCUCAAAUACCAGUGCCGUGAUUGGCUACUAUCAACCAACUGUCUCUAGUAGCCAAAACAUAAGUGGGUUUGUGCCUGAAAGCAUAUAAUUCUUAAAUUAUUGUAAAAUGUUUUAAGACUUUGAGAAGCUCUCCAGGAUAGGAUGCAAAUCAACAAAAGCUUUUUCCAGUCCAUUGCAUAUAAGGUUGUGAAAUUUGUAUGCUAUACCUAGCUAAAGAAUAGUUAUUCUCCAGUCUCCGGACCUUGUAUCUUCACAGAAUGAAAUACGUGGAUCAUCAACCGUUGGGGGCUUAAGAAAAGGUUGGCUCUAUUAAUUAUAUAUGUUACAAAAUGGUUCACACAUGGAAAAAGUUGGACUGUUAGAAUGGUACAAGAAUUUUUCUGGUUUGGGCAAUAGAAAGUGUUCUGGUUAGAAACAAACAGCUGCAGUUUCUGCCUUCAGUAGGUACAACUUAUUUGUUGAACCUGUCAUAUCUGUUGCUUGCUGCAUUAAAGUAAACACAUCUUUAGUCCUAGAGUCUUAAGCAAUCAUGUGGUUAUGGCUACCAAGUUAAACUUACUUAAAACAAACUAGAUAACUUCUGAUUCCCUUGUUUAGAUUGCGUGAAGAGAGACACGGUGGGCCACAUUCAGUAAUACUCAUGCAGUCCUGGUAACUUCCCAUGAAUGCACCUUCACUCCCAGUGGGGUGAAUAGGUGUACCUGCGAGUAGCAUUUGAUCCAAUUUUUUCUGAACAACUUGGAUGAACUCAUCUGACCCUACUACAUCAAAUACUCAAUAAGGCUGCAAGUUAUUCUUAGUGCUGUUUGUCAAUGUAUGAAUAGUGAAGCUGUGUUUCUGUUGUACUUCUCAACAUUUAUAUUAGGCUUUACCAGUAUAGACCCUGGUCCAGUAAGUGCUUUCCCAGCAGGAGUCUUUUCAUGAGUACAGGUUUGCAAAUGGUUGUCUUAAGACAGAGAGAACCUUGAAAGAACACACUCCAAAGCGCUUUAUUCUUGGGCUGCUUUACAAAUUUAUACUUUAUAACACUUCUAUGGUUUGUUUACUACUCACAGCACUCAGCUUGGGCACUGAAUAUAAAAAAGUCAGUUUCGCUAUUUCUAGCUUUCCUGUGUUAACCCAAUCCUGCAAUAAGUGAGUUUGUACGUGUUAGAGGGGAAUAACUACAUCUGAACAAAACCAUGUUAAAAAUUAUGAGGGUUAGUAAAACCUUGUUUUUGCAAAACCUAGAUGGUUCCAGAUGGUUCCAAAAUGUAUCUGUUAACUAAAAGUUCUGAAUCUGAACUGGAUGAUACUAUGAUUCUAACAAAUAAUUGUUUCAUUGGAUGGCCACAAGGUGGUGCUGGAUUCCUAUGUUUAAAAACUGCUGUGGUCUCGAUUUAUUUUAAAGUAUAUUUUUUACAAAUAUUUAUUUGUUUAUUUAAAUAAAAGUUUUUAAAACUGUAUCAUUAAUUGUAAGGGACCAUCAUUUAUUCUGAUUGUAUAGCACCUAGAACAGUGGGCCCUGUUGUAUUGAUACUGAUUUUAAAGGCUUAAAGUGUUAAAGAUCUUCGUAAACUCUUUCACCGUCCAGCAUUAAACGGUGAUAGAUAGGCUCAGAGUUAUUUUUGACAGAAACCUUGGAUUUACUUGAUUACUGGCAGACACGCAAAAGCAUUCAUUCAGGUUGACAGUUUAUUGAUUAAACAAAAAAGAGAAUAAGGAAUUAAAACAAACUUUUAUAUUGA